UGUACACCGAGGUGCCAGGCUGAAAAAGGUUUGAUGGAGAGCGGCCACCAAAAGAACAGGACAUCAGUCCAGCUGCAGAGGGAGGCUGAGCGAGGCUGGAGCAACGUGGCUGUCCCCUCUCACUCUGUGGGACCCACAAUGCACCUGGGCAAUAGGUCAGCUGCUAGAGAGGCACCCUACUGUUUCCGCAGUCCGGAGUCAGUGGAGAUGGACGAGAUCAUGGCGGCCAUGGUUCUGACCAGCCUGUCCUGCAGCCCCGUGGUGCAGAGCCUUCCCCAGAGUGAUCCUGGACCAGCCGCCUCGACCUCAGCUGACAUGGAGUGUGGUGGUGGAGAGCUCUCCGACAGUGGCAGCAGUGGCUACUGGAGCUGGGACCACGGCAACGUAAGCCCUGCCCCCUCGCCGUCCGUCACUGAGAUUGACAGCAGCCCCGAUGAAGGCCUACAGAUGGAGCUGGAGCAGGGGGAAGAGUUUAAUGCCAAAAAGCCAAAGAGCUCUUUCAGAAGUGUGUACAGGUGUCUGUGGCCCAGCUGUGGCAAGGUGCUCACGUCUUCAGUCGGAAUAAAAAGACACAUCCGUGUGCUGCAUCUCGGCAGUGCGUCAGAUCAGUCCCAGAGAGAAGAAGACUUCUACUACACCAAGUUCUCCUGUGAGAGCGUGGACUCCCCCCCAACUCCGGCCCCGUCCCAGCAGGAUCUGGGCCAGGCCUCGUCCUCUCAUCUCAGCUGGGCCCCCUGCGAUACUCCUCCGGCCUCUGGGGUCCAGAUCCCUCCAGCUCACAGACCCCGGUCCAACUCCAGCUCCGGGCCAGGCCCCAGCAGGCACAGUCCGCUCAGCCAGUCGGCCCCCAGCAGCUUCUGGCAGAUCCACUCGGAGCAUCUGUAUCAGGUGGGUGCAGCUCUAAGGCUCCGUUUACACAGAGACGAAACGGAGAACAAACCGAAUUUGAUAUAA